AUGGCACCCAAAGCCUCAAAGGCGCCCAAGCAGCAAACCAAAGAUCCAGAGCCUCCGAAGGAGUACCCCACCAUCGCCGCGAAGCUCGAAGCUGAAUACACAGCUUCUCGACCCUACCAAGUCCUCAAAGAAACCAAAGGCUUCUCCAAACUCACAGCCAACGAGAAGAGCGCCUACGCAAAUUCCAUAUUACUCGAGACUGGCGCCUGGAGAACGUGGCCAGCUUCGCAACAGAAAGAAUUCUGGAAGCUCAUCGAGCAACAGAAGAUCCCCAUACCCCUUCCCAAGCCGCAGAGCUUAGGGAAGGAUCCCAGAGGUGUGGAUCUGGGAAGCUAUACGCCGGCGGAAUAUAAACUUUACGAGAGGAUGGAGAGAGAUCUGAGGGCUUUAAGGGAGAAGAGUGAUAGGUUCAGGAAAACAGAGAGGGAAAGGUGGACUGAAGAGGACGUGGAAGAGGAGAGGAAUAGGAGGAAACUGCUGGGUAAUUUGCAAGGUAGGAAGAUGGGGAUCUAUGAGGGGGAUCCCAUAUGGGAUGAUGUGAUUCCGUUGGCUCAGGAUGAUGGUGAAGGGGCUUUAGCUGCGAUUGCCUAUACGGAUGAGUAUGCUGAGGCUAUGGGUUAUCUCCGAGCCAUCAUGGCGGCCAAGGAAUACUCUCCGAGAGUUCUGGCCCUUACGAAGCAUAUCAUAUUACUAAAUGCAGCCCACUACACAGUUUGGCUGUACCGAGCAUCCACGCUCUUCGCCUUAGACUCCUCCGUUGAAGCCGAGCUCAAAUGGGUAAACAAAGUAGCCCUCGACAACCAGAAAAACUAUCAAAUAUGGCACCACCGACAACUUCUCAUUGACCAAAUCUAUGCCAAAAUCUCUUCCGACCAAGCAGCCAUCCAAAAGCUCGCGGAAUCAGAAACAGCGUUCAUGACACAGAUGUUUGCCCAAGAUUCAAAGAACUAUCACGUUUGGAGUUAUCGCCAGUAUCUCGUUCGAAAACUCGAUCUCUUCAAUCAGAAAGAACUGGAAUCAAUUGAGGACCUCCUUCAAACAGAUGUGAGGAACAACAGCGCCUGGUCCCAUCGCUUCUUCGUCGUAUUCUCCGACCCCAAAAUCUCAACACCGGGUUGCAAAGCUACGGAAAGCGAUCCCAAAAUCCCAGACGAUAUCAUCGACCGUGAGAUCGAGUUCGCCAAGGCAGCUACAUUCGAUACACCACAAAAUCAAAGUCCUUGGAACUACCUCAGAGGUGUUCUACGCAAGGGAAGCAGGAAAUUGAGUACACAAGAAUGCUUCGCCUGCGAAUUUGCCAAGAUUCCGGAGGACGGAGAGGAAGACGUGAGGAGUAGCCACGCGUUGGAUUUUCUGGCAGAUGUAUGGGCUGAGAUGGGAGAGCUUGAGAAAGCAGACAAGGCGUUGAAGUUAUUGGGCGCCAAGUAUGAUAGAAUUCGUAAGAAUUACUGGGAUUGGAAGAGGAGUUUGUUAAAGGAGGCAAGUUUGCAGGAGAAGAUGAGCGCGUUGAAGACUGGUUGA